AAACAAGUUUCAUUCCUACAUGCUUUCUUUCUCUCGACAAGGUUUCUGCGUCUGAAAGUCCUCAAAUAUAACGAGGUUUAUUAAUUUAUUGUUUUUCUUCUUAUGUUUAUGCUCCGGAAAGGAUUUUCGAGAAUUGGGUGAGGGAGAUGAAGACGAAUUCAAGGAUGCGGGACUGUUGGGUCGCAUUGAAUUUUGUUUGCUCUGUAGAGUUCUGGAGAAUGGCAGUGUUUUGGACACUUGCUCUUGUCAACUCCUACUUGCAGCUGUUCUCCAGAGCUUUCUUCUUUCGGAUAUCUCGCUCCUACCCUCGUUGUUCUCCGCGGCCUACUGCCACUUCAAUUUCCAAAACAAUCGCACCAACCAGGCCCCUCUGCAUCAUCACGGGCGCUACAUCUGGUUUGGGUGCUGCAUCUGCCCAUGCUCUCUCCCGUGAAGGCUUCUAUGUCGUUCUUGCUGGACGCUCUUCCUAUCUUCUAUCUAAGACUGUCGAAGAGAUCAGGAAACAGAAUGCUGAUGCCCAUCUCAAAGCAUUUCAGAUUGAUCUGUCAUGUUUCCAAUCAAUCAUAAAUUUCAAAAAUGCACUUGAGCAGUGGCUCUCAGAUUCAAAUAUGCAUCCUUCAGUUCAAGUCCUGAUCAACAAUGCGGGGAUAUUUGCAACAUCAUGUAGAUUCACAAAUGAAGGCUAUGAUCAGAUGAUGGGAACAAAUUACAUUGGUGCAUUUGCUCUGACUAAUCUACUGUUACCACUACUCAGAAGCAGCCCUGUUCCUUCCCGGAUAGUUAAUGUUACAUCAUUUACCCAUCGAUGUGUGUCUGGUACACAAGUGGAUGAGGAAACUUUGGCUGGGAAGUAUUUCUCAAGAUCAAAGCAGUACCCAUGCGCUCAUAUUUAUGAAUACUCUAAGUUCUGCUUGCUUCUGUUCUCUUAUGAGCUUCAUCGGCGACUAUACUUGAAAGAUAAAUCUCUCAAUGUCUCUGUCUUGUACGUAUUUUUGAAUGCUGUGGAUCCUGGGGUUGUAGAAACUAACAUCAUGCGGGAAGUUCCAUCAUUUCUUUCUCAGCUGGCUUUUAUGGUUUUAAGACUCCUGGGUCUCCUGCAGUCUCCUGAAAAUGGGGUUGAGUCUAUUGUUGAUGCAACCCUCGCACCUCCAGAAUCAUCUGGAGAGUACUUUUUUGGAGGAAGAGGAAGGACAGUUAAUUCCUCAAAACUUUCUUAUGACCGUGAACUUGCUGAAAAACUAUGGACCAGUUCUUAUAAGUUGUUUAUAGAGUCGCAGCUUGUGUCAAAGGAUAUUUCUUGAUUGGAACAUCAAGUAGGAAGA